AUGAGGAUCCAUUACCUUCUCUUCGCAUUUCUACUGCUGCUGCUGUCUCCACAUGCAGCUUUUAGCCUACAAGCCCACAAUCCACGAACUUGCUAUAUGCAAGGAGGCUCAUGCCAUAGGAGGUGCAAUGUCCUUACUCAUCAGAUUGGCAUGUGUACUAGUUUCUUCAAAUGCUGCAAGAGAUUAUAG